AUGUCGAAUCUCAAAGAUGCAGUGUGUGAUCCGAGAGUCGCUACCGCAGUAUGUAAGCAUAUGUAUGUCAACAGUUCAAUUUUCUUGCACAUUUUUCUUCAAUUUCUCUUAUCUGGCCCACUCAAACGUCUUGUCGGUAUCAACAUGAGAUUUACAAUACUUACAUCUGUGUUCUUAUUAGGUGUUGUUAGCGCAACGACAGCUUCGAGUACAGAAAAUGGCGAUAGUCCCUGUGCAGUCAUAAGCAAGAGAUCGUCUCUUUCAGCAUCUGGUAAUUCUAUGUCCAAUAAAAUUUACCUGCAUACUAAUUCAAGGGAUAGGAAUACCAACAGUCCCUGCGAAAACCGCUUACGACUGUCUCAACUCUGUCCCCUUGAAUCCCCAAGCAGCAACGGAUUUAGUUAAUGCAAUUCUACCAUACAUAGAAUGGCAGUCCGGUAAAACUCCUCGUCUCUUCUUAUUCCAAAGCUAAGACUCGACAGAUAUUGCUUACCUGAAAGAUCCGCCAGCUAGUUAUAAAAUGCCAGCUAUCGAUCUUUGGCAGAGCUUCAACGAUAUUCUACAUGGGAUCAAGGACGGCGAUUUCGCAAAUGAAUAUGAAUUUCAGGUGAAGCUCUUUUCGACGUUCAAUCGUGCGCAUGAUGGUCAUUUCAGGUUUGCGCCAGAUUUGAUGAGUAAAAUCCAGUUUCGCAGACGAGUUCAAUUGAUUUCUGUGAGUCGAGAUGGAGGUGAGCUUCCGCGCAUUUAUGUCAAAGGCAAGUUUCAUAUCCAAUCUUUACCUCUCCAAUUCAGUAGGCAACAUGGAUAGUUCUUCAGCUUGUCUGGCGAAUUGGACUAAUUUGACCUGAAAGAUGAUAUAGCGAGUCUUCUUAAGAAUGCAACAACCUCUAUCUCGCCAAUCACAAAAAUAAGCGGGGACAACGCCGUCCAGUACCUGGAAAACUUCUCUCAAUUAGGAUUCUUACAAGACCCUGAUGCUCUCUAUAACACCAUGUUCUACGAGCUAGCAAUGGAUGCCCAAUACGAUAAGCUACGCUACUCGGGAUAUUUCGCGGGCUCCGGGAGAGGAGGGAUGAUUUACGUCGGACCUGAAACAAUCAUCGAGUUCGCAAAUGGAACAGAAAAAACAUACGAGAACUACGCCGAGAUUCACGGGAACUGGAAAGGAGUGGUGGAUGGACCAUCAGCAUACGAUAAGUUUUGUACAGGACCCAAAGCAUAUGAUCCAGCAGACGACGAGGAUUUCGUGAUCGGGCGAGAUACUGGGUAUGCACAUGGAUACCCAGUUCCCAAAGGAAUCAGUUCUGACAAACAAAUCUCGGGAUAUUUCUUGGAUGAUGACCCAGCGUUUGCCGAUGUGGCGGUUCUGAGUAUCCUGUCGUUUGAGCCUUAUUUUCCUGCGGAAUUCCAAUCUGUGAUUGAGAAGUUCAUCUCAGAUGCUAGAGCCGCGGGAAAAACGAAAGUGGUGAUUGAUCUUUCGGGGAAUGGGGGAGGCAUUAUUCUGAAUGGGUAUGAUGCUUUCCGGCAGUUCUUUCCAUCUAUUGUGCAGGACGGAUUCUCGCGGUUUCGGGAACAUGAUGCCUUCAACAUUAUGAGUAAGCAGAUAUCGAAUUUUACGGCGGGAAUGUCGUUGGAGACUGCGAGUACUAGUCAAAUCGUUGCUUCUCAGUCGGUUCUGGAUUAUCGAUUUGAAUUGAACCAGACGAACCAAAAUUUUCUCACUUAUGAUGACAAAUUUUCACCUCAUAUGUUUCAAGGAGACGAGUUCACAAGUUUGCUACGAUGGAACUUGACAGAUCCGCUGUUGACAACGAGUACACAGUGGGGGUUGGGAAUGUCUAUUAGUGGCUAUGGAAGUCGUCAAAACUUCAAGCAACCCUUUGCUGCUGAAGAUAUCGUUAUGGUAUACGAUGGAUACUGCGCUUCGACAUGCUCCAUCUUUAGCGAGAUGAUGAGAACCCAAGGAGGGGUUAAAUCUAUCGCCAUGGGCGGACGACCGAAUAAAUUUCCCAUUCAAGCAAUAGGCGGCACCAAAGGUUCCAACAACUACCCCUUCUCCUACAUCCUGUCUUUGGCCAACAUCGCUCUUCAAAGCGCAAGUCAAGAGCAGAGGAUGGCCUGGAAGAGCGUCACUGAACUGAGUAACCUUCCAAUGAACCGAAGCACCGACAGCUCUAUCAAUGUCCGAGAUAUGAUCUUGAGGGACAAUUUGGAGGAUGGAACGCCUGCGCAGUUUCUAUAUGAGGAAGCGGACUGUAGGUUGUACUACACGCCAGACAUGAUUCGGGACCCCAAGGCUAUCUGGAAAGCAGCUGCUAGGGCAGCUUGGGGAGACGGAAACUGCGUUGCUGGGAGCCUUCAUCACAAGAACGAGACACUUGCUUCUAGGCGAAGGAGAUCGGAGGAUUUGAAGGUCAGGAUGAGAGUCGAGAAAAGGGAAAUUCCUGUUUUUGAGCCGUCUUCUUCGAAUUCGGUGCCGAAGGGGGCAAGGAGACCAGUGUUUGGAAAGAAAGUACCACUAUGAACAACUCAAAUACUGACAAAAUUAUUUAUUAGUUUCAUUAUCAUAAAAUUCAUC